CCUAGACAUACUUAAUGUUUUAUCGAGGUCACUACACAGUACCUGGCAUUAAACCAAUUGAACUUAAUAAAGUUAGUUUUAAUAAGGUGUACAGACAAAGAUAAAAAAUGGCAAAAAAAGUUUCGUCUCAGCUAUCGUUUGACCCUCCAGAAUCCCUGGACAAGGAUCAAGUUGUUGCUAGAGUAUUGCAACUUAGGGGUUCAGCAUUAUUCACAGUUUGUGAACCAAAUGGAAAAGAAUUACUUGUCGAAAUGCCUGCAAAAUAUCGGAGUAAAGCGUGGAUUAAACGAGGUGGAUAUGUCGUAGUGGACAAAUCCGAAUUUACAGAUCAACAAAACAAAAUCGAUGGUUCUAUUGUAUACGUCGUUCAGCACCCAUUAAAAAACUGGGAAAAACAAUCUUACUGGCCGAAAGAGUUCAUCAAUGAUACCGCUGCUGAUGUGGAUGAAAGUAGCAGUAGUGAAAGUGCAGAGGAGAGUGACUAAUACAUUCAUAUCCCUGACAAAAACUUAUUUUAUUAACCUUACAUUAAGUUAUUUUUAUUGCUUAUUAGAACUGAAAUAUGUACUCCAGAAUCUAAAAUCAUAACUUAUAGUACUACCAAUAGCAUUUGACUCGUAAAUAACUCCA